AUAGCAACAUGACCUCCUCGACUUCUAAUUUGCGACCCCUUUCGGCCGGUUUGCAGCAGAUAGCAGUUGAUGAGUUGAACGAGGUUCCCCAACGGGUGGCCAGAGAUAUUGCAGCCUUGCGGGAUUGGCUGGAUAAGCAACCGCAUCUUUGCUCCUGCAUUGAUGAGCAAUUCCUUUUGGCCUUUCUGCGUGGCACCAAAUUCAGUUUGGAGAAGGCCAAACAAAAAAUCGAUCGAUUCUAUACACUGCAAAAGGCCAUUCCAGAAGUAUUCAACGAACAUCGUUUAGCCGAUGAUCCGCAGGUCUUGGAGAUUAUACGUGCUGGGGUAAUAUUACGUAUACCUCUAGAUGAGGAGGAUACAGGUCCAGCUGUAACGAUAAUACGUGCCUGCUCCUAUGACUUGGAUAAAUUCAAGUUUCAGGACAUUAUACGAGUCGGCUCAAUGUUCGGUGAGAUUAUGAUGUUUGAGGAUGAUAAUGCUACAGUCAGCGGUUAUAUGGAGAUAAUGGAUAUGACUGGGGUGACGGCAGCCAAUCUGUUUGCACUCCAGCCGCAAAUGCUGAGCAAAUUCUCGGCCUAUGCAGAUGAGGCAAUGCCAACAAGACAAAAGGGUAUACAUUUCCUUAAUGUACCCGGAGCCUUUGAGACUGGCUUUAAUUCGUUGCGCUCUUUCUUUCCGGAAAAGAUUAAGAAUCGGGUCUCUGUCAGCUCAGAUCCAGAGGCAAUUUUCGAGCGCAUUCCACGCAAAUAUCUGCCAGAAGAAUACGGCGGAACGAAGGGCUCCAUUAAAGAUAUACUGGAACAAAUGGAAGCAAAAAUCUUAAGCUAUCGUGAAUACUUUCAGGAGACCCAAAACUAUGGCUGCAAUGAGAAACUACGAGAGGACAGCAAUCCGCUAUUCCAGCGACCCGAGGAGAGUCAUUUCGGAGCGGAUGGUUCCUUUCGCAUGUUAAACAUCGACUGAGCUAUAAAUUGUUGAGCAAUAAAACCUAUGUAUAAUCAGU